AUGGCUUUGUUAAUUGAAUGCCAUGGCAGCCAUAAACACAAGCACGACCAUAGACCUGGUCAUGAUGAAAAGUAUCACAAAGAAAGUAAUGAAGUUUUAAUCAGCAAAGAAUUUGUGAAAAACAAGGAUUUGGUUUCGAAGAUCUAUUAUGAAAAUGGAGUGUUAAACUUGGAGUAUAUCAAGUCCGAGUUGAGUAAAUGUGAUAUAAUCAAGGCAAUAAGUGAAUAUGAGCAUAAGAAGAAACACCACGAUGAGCACCACGAAACAGAGGAAGAAGAAGAGUUGAGUUUUAUUGGAAAGUUGAUUGAAAGACUAUUUCCCUCUAGUAACCCUGGAAUCAAUUCAAUCUUGGGUGUUGUCUAUAUUUUUUUGCCAUCAUUUUUGAUUAUUUAUUUUAUUCCCAAAAACGUUGAGAGUAUGAAUGCGACAAUUUUAAAGAAUUUGAUUAGUUUUUCCUGUGGCGGUAUAUUGGGUGAUGUCUUUAUUCAUUUGCUACCAGAGAUUUUCAGUUCAAAUAACAACGAAAGAAAGAACAGUAUAUUGGGGUUGACUGUAUUCAUUGGGUUUUUAAUUUUUUUGAUUGUUGAUAAGAGUGUGCGUAUUUUAAGUGGAUCAGAACAUGGCCAUUCGCAUUCUCAUUCCCAUGGUCCAGAAGAAGAGCAUUCUCAUAAUCACAGUCACAGUCACAGUCACAAUCACAGUCAUAGCCAUAGCCAUAGCCAUGCAAGUGGUGUUGAAGCCGAAAUCGAAGAGAAGACUGGUGAAUUGACUCAUAGAAAUUAUAAAAACGAGGAUGAAAUUGAAAUCGAAAAGGAAAUACAAAAACUACACGAUAAUUUUAAAGACUCGAAUAACGACAGUGAUCAUAUUAAAAACAGUAGCAAGAAGACAUCGAUUUUAGUAAAUUUGAUUGUGUGUUUCAAUCAUAACAUAAGUGAUGGAAUGGCUAUUACCUCGUCAUUUUAUAUUAACAAGAACAUUGGUAUAACUACUUUUCUAGCUAUUUUGAUUCACGAGAUUCCUCAUUCAAUCAGCGAUUUGUUUUUAUUUAUUAAGUUUGACAACCAAAGUAGCCAAAACAACCAAAGCAAUAAGUUGAAACUAGUUAAAAAUCAAUUGAUCGUUUUUGUGGGUUCGGUUGUGGGAUGUUUGAUUGGAAUCUUCUUGCAAAACUUUGACAAAACUUUGAGUUUGAUCUCGAAUGAGUUGGUCAAUUAUCAAUCUAUCACAGAAAGCAGCGACCAAAGCCCCAAUGCCAGCACUGGCGCCCACAACAACCUUGUCAUCAGCUUGCUCAACAAAUUUGUGCUCAGCAAAAUCACUGGUGUUUUCGGUUUGUUGAAGAGCAGCCUUGACUUGGAGAUCAGCGAGUUGCUCUUGCCCAUCACUGUUGGGUGCUUUUUCUACAUCUCCACGAUUGGCAUCAUUCCAGAGAUACUAGAAAUCGACAGGAAGCUCAUUGAAAAUAAAGACGACGACGAGCUCAGAAGAAGGGAAAUCUGCUCCAGCAUCGGCCAGUUCGUGUCCAUGUUCCUAGGUCUCUUUGUGAUGUUCUUGCUAGCGUGGUUCGAGUAG